AUGGUUUUACCCUCACAUUCAAAAAAACCCUUUAUCCCUAAUGUGGAGCAGCUGAUCCUGGGGAUCCCGGGCCAGAAUCACCGGGAGAUAGGCCAUGGCCAGGAUAUGUUUCCAGCAGAGAAGCUCUGCCAUCUGCAGGAUCACAAGGUAAACCUUCACAGAGCUGCCUGGGGCAAGUGUAUGGUUGCACCCAAGACUCUCAGCUUCCCUUACUGACAGAGGACCUGCCCGGCCUUCAACAGUGAGCUCCGUCAUUCCAGCUCUGAGUGCUGUAAGAGGGGAGUACCUACAUGUCCCUGGCUCUUCCAGACCUGCCAUCCCACCAGGGUCAGACUCUUCUCCCUGAUGGUCCAGGAUGACAAACACAAGAUGAGUGUGCACUAUGUGAACACUUCCUUGGUGGAGAAGUGUGGCUGCUCUUGA